AUGGCCACUGUGAAGCGUCGCUUCCGGACAUGUGUCACCAAUUUGUAUCCGAUCCAGUUCGUUGAAGCCAAGGAUGUGCACCUUCGCAUCAACAUUUUUCACUGCUGUUUCUAUGAUGCAGAGGCGGAUCAGCCCAUGUUGCCCCGGGAGGAGACGGAGCUAAAGCGAAAUAUCUUCGAAGUGCCACGGCGGCUGAAACAUCAGCAGGCCAUCGAGGAUGCUCUAGGUGUGACGACGUUGGAGUUUGGGGGAGACUGUGCUGCCGGUCUGUGUCAUGAAAAGCAGCCUCCGGGGCCGUCAGAGCUGUCAAUAGAGGACCUGGUCAUAGACGACCUGGAUCGAUAUGAGGUUCAACUGGACAAAGAUUGGCUCCCUUGUGUGGUCCGAGCUGCAAACAAUGACGAAAUCCUUCUGGACCUCUACUCUCCUGGCAGCUUCUUUUGUGAGAAUUUGGGUCACUGGGGUCCGAAGACUGCUACUCUGAGCCAGCUUCGAUUUCGUCAAUGGGAGGUUUGUCGGGGUGAAGUCCUACGAAUUCCUGAAAGACAGGUCAUGACUUUGCGUCAGGGCCAGCACCUCUGGAUUCAAUCUCGAGGUCCAGGCAACGACGAGCCAGCCGGUCGUCUGGAGAUGAGCGAAGGGUCAUCUUUGCGCUGCUUGGGCGGGACUGUCGAGAAUGAGGGCGUCUUGAUGUGCAUCAUUGCAGUGCCUUCACAGCAUGGUCUACGGCGCUACAAGCUUGAGAUUGAGAGCACCAAGACAGUGCUGGUGGAUUGUGUCAAGGGAAUCCCUGAGCUGCCAGCAGAGGAGCGCAGCGUGGCGCUUCAAUGUUUUACUUGGAUUUUUGAGCGUGCCUAUCGACAGAUGCAGCUUCGCACACUAGGCCCAGUGCCAGCUGAGUGUGACAUCUUCUAA